AUGGCCAGCACUAAGUAUGGUAUGUUAAGGCAAACUGAGGAUAUCUUGGUGGUAGAGGAACCGACCUGCAAUGUACGCCUUAAAUGGAUCGCCAAACUACCAGAGGGAUGGCGCAAGUUCAUCAAAUAUACCGUCUGGAUACUCCUAGCGGUGACGGUUGCUAUACAAGCCCUGCUUCUCAGCUACCAACUCACCGUCCUGAUAAAACGAAACGCGCUGCCAUCGCCCAGCCCGACUGAGUACAACUUAUAUAAGAACACCCGCUUCGAAGCGUGCCAGACGAACUCCACAUUGCAGCCCAACUGUAACUUUCUAGACCGACGACAGUCCGAGGGCGCGGACCGUUUCGGGUGGAAGGCAUCGUCGAACGCGGGGUACUGGUGCGAAUUCGCAAGGUGUCUCCAGAACUGGAAGAUCGUGCCGUCGAAGCCGCGAGACAGCGCUUACGGGCUCACCCCUUUCGACAUAUGGUUCUACCUCAACAUCACCGCCAUCAACGUCCUCCUGGACCUACGCGACCCGUACCCCCCGAAAAGGUGCAAGGGGCCCGGUUUCUUGGAUUGGUCGUCGGUUGUAUAUACGGUCGCCACCUUGGUGUUUUGGAUGGUAGAAUGGGGGUCCCUGGCGCACGAUAGCACGACCGCGAGCCCGUUGUCGCUUGUUGCCUGGAUCUCUACGUGGAAACUGGCCAUCGGGAUCAACUUCCACCCCUGGUCUUGCUGGUCCCCUUUACAGGGUCGUAAGGCCAAGCGCGUGGCGUCUUGGGUUCUGAAUACCAUAGCACUUUUGCAGUGGUGCGCGACUAUUUACGCCUUGCGGGUUCACUGGGACUUCUACCACAUCCAGGCGAAUCUGACCGGACGGGGACGCGAGACAUAUGUCAUCAACAAGUACGACUGUGUGCAGUCUGAGAUCGAGUCCGCUCCCGGCAGGUCUGUAUGUUCCGCCGAGGCCCUCUGCUCCAAAAGGGGGUUCUUCACCAGUCCAGACUUCAACGUCGACGCGACAAGUCGGUACAGCCCCGUCGCAUACACUGUGCUUAUUUUCUACGGCAUUGCCAUUUACCCGUUUACUCUCGUCCUGUUCCUACUCUCCCGCUGCUUUUCAGGGGACGACGACGAGGAAGUGGCAAGCAAAGAAUCGCAUCCAAGGAAGAGUAAAUCCGGUAGUUCCAUCGCCUCUUUGCAUCUUUUCCUGCUCAUCAUAUUCUCCGUAGCGGGGCUCGCUUAUGGAAUAUGGAUGCUGGUGGUCGGGAGCCUCAAGUGGGAUUUCGAAAGACUCGCGACCGGUGAUAGAGGGACGAUCACUUGGAACCCUAACUGUACGGCUGUACAUAUUAAUGUGAGUCCGGAAUGGUUUUAUCUUGACGUUGAUGUUGAUGGGUAUGACCGCGCGCGGCGUAUCGCGGGUCUGUGGUUUAAUGUGUAA